AUGAUCCAAAGGAUAGUAGAUAGUCCAGACGUUUUCUACAAGCAUCAACAGUUUGACGAUCCCGAGCUAACCAAAACAGAGCGAGAAGAUAUUCUGCGGGAUCUGGCAGUCGAAAAUGUAGGCCUUUUUCUAUCAAGGUAUCCAUAUUUAUUCGGAAAACCCUUAAUCGAACUGUUUGAAGGUACGGAAAAUAUCUUCUCCCAGAAGACUGCAAGCUCUUUGACGGCGUGGAGAACGAUGUCGUAAAGUACGUUUUAAAGCAAGUUCGCGGUAGGAAAGAUGGUGUAAAGAAUGUAAGAGAAGAUAGGUUCGAUAGGCGAAGGAAUGAUUUGCGAAGUUAAGGUCAAAAAUCGUCGGUUCAACGCAAUGCAAAAGAUGAUGAGUGAGCCCUUCUUUUCGGAUGAACAAAUGCGCGAACGAGAACCAUAUUUAUUCGACGUAAUGAUUGGUCGAUUUCUUACAGAAGAAGGUAAGAAAUAGGUUUAAAAAACUCGGAAGAAAAUUAUCAAUAAUGCUGGAUGUUUUCAGAACGCCACGAUUUACGUCCGACAGUUUCGCGGGAUCAAUCUCAUGGAGCGUGGUCAGGGGUACUAGAUCAGUUUGAAACGUCGUCCGAGAUCGCUCAAAGGCGCAAAGUUCAACAAGCCGAAUGGGAAGACACUGAAUACGGAGUACAUUUUUGAAUUCACUCAAAUUGUGUUAGCUUUAAUAAAGAAAAAACGAAUUUAAAAAGCUCUGAGAAAGAGAAAUGCCCAAUAGUGAAUUUUUUCCAGAGGUUUUUCCACUCAAAGUUUUUUCUUAUUUUUUUCGAAACACUGAAUCAAAUUUACUUUUUUUUCAUCCCAAGCGAACUCCAAACAGAGUUUUGUGUCAGAAAAAGGCGGAUCCAAUGGGCCACGGCCAUUGUAGUCGCUUCUUCGCUCACGUGAACAAUAUGACGGCGAUGGAUGACGAAUUCCAAGCAGAAGAAGAGGAAGAGGACGAGGAAGACGUACAACUGGCGGAACUUCGGAUAAAAAUGGAGAAAAUGUCGCAAGAAGUAUUUUGUCGCUCCGAAUGAAAUAAGAAUCUCAUCAAAGGAACGUUCAGGAAGCCUCUGCAUUCGAACAGAUUGAUGACGACGAAACGCCGCACAUUUUGCGACACGAGUUUGUUUCCUACAUGCAGGAGAGAUUCAUCGCCGGGAAAGAUUCAAAGUUUGCAUCAUCCAAAGAAAAUAUAUUGAAAUAUAAAAUUCCAGGUUUUUCGAUUACGCACUCGUCGAUAAUGACGACAGUCUUGACGAAAGUGACCCAAUUAGAGAGCGAGACGAGGAGGAAAUGUGGUUCGACCAGGACUAA